GCCUACCACCGUUACCACUACCACCGCCGCGACGCCGCCGCCGCCACCGCCGCCACCGCGCACUGUUGAUAACGCGGGAGUUGGCCCGUGCUGUUAUGUGUGCGGCGUGAUUAGCUGUUGGUCGCCCGUCGUUUCCUGUCGUCGCCGCUACCUCUGCCAGUCUUAUUAAUUUUAUUUUGUUCUUGAAUCACGCAUCGCACCUAUUUUUCCGAUUUUCGUUUGUCCGUUCCCCUCGCCCGUCGUAUUGUCCGGCUUUUUAACAUCUUUCAACAGUUUUUUUCUCUUAUUGUCCAGCAAUUAUUAUUUAUUACAUAAUUCUUCGCUCGUCGCCACCGCUCUUUAAACGGAUGUGGCGCCGCUACGUCCGUUGUUAGCAGCAUCGUCCCAUCAUCCGCGCAUUCGCGCGUUCAUGCUACGACGCUGUGUAACCAACAGCGACUGACAACGCUGAAGCUGUUCAGCACUUAACUUCCUCUCUUGCGUCGCCGCCGUCGCAGGGAAUUAUGGCUGAAAAAUGUGUCAAAACGCCAACUACUGGCACUCGACCGGUGCCGAUGAAAUUGUUCGCUACCUGGGAAGUCGACCGCACUCCAUCCAACUGUGUGCCUAGAGUAUGCUCGAUGAAUUUAACAAAAUUGGUGCUAACCAAACCACUGGGAUCAGACAUGUCAUCUUCGUUAACCAUAGCUGUGAAAAUGCAAGGAUCAAAGAGAACUUUACGAACAAAUGAACUACCCUUGACUGUAAAUGGUUCCUUGGAAAUAGAACUGCAGUUGAACUUCUGUCUUCAGUAUCCACACUUCUUAAAAAGAGAUGUCAACAAAUUACACGUAAUGCUUCAACGUCGAAAGAAAUAUAAAAAUCGUACUAUACUUGGUUUCAAAACAUUAGCAGAAGGAGUCAUUAAUAUGUCACUUGUACUGCAAAGACCUCUCGAUCUCGAAUUAGAACUACUCAGUGAUUCUAAAGAUCCCAAAUCUCUUCUAGGCCGGGUAUACAUUGUGUGUUUAAAUAGUCAACCUGUCGAUCAUGAAGAUGCUACCAAACCAGUCACAGGAAGAGGUCAAGAGUUUUCCGACGAAGACGAAGAAUUUAGUAGUGGAGAAGAAGCGUCUGAUUCUGAACCUACUUUGGAAGACCGACGGCGGAAAAAAAAUAUUGCAACAGGAAAUGCCAGACAAAGAAAUCUAAAGCAAAAGUUUAUUGCACUUCUAAAACGAUUCAGAGUCAAUGAAGAUUUACAUUCAUUAGAAAAUGACAGGGAAACGAUUAGCCAAAAGUUAUCAGGGGGUGAUAUGGAUCCAGCUGAUAUAGAAGAUCUUUUUGAAGAACUGGAAGACUUAAGCGAUUCAGGGCCAGAUCUGGACACAUUAUCUAUUUUAUCUACACCAAAACCAUCACUUCGUCCAUUCUUUUCCAGUUCUCGAACAAACAUGAUACAUGAAGGCCUUUCAGGACGUCAUUCCCAUAAGAAAAGUUACACCACAAGUUUUCCACCCUACAACAGAACCAAAGGUGUACCGACUGUAGAACGUAAUAUUGAGAGGUUUAGCGAUGAGAGCUCUAAAAAGGCCGAUUCAGAUUCUUAUUUGGAUACAUGGACUGAUAGUGAUCCUACUCCUAUGAAUUCUUCUCCUCCAAAAAUAAGCAAUAAUGAUGAUAAAAAGGAAAUUCCUAGCAUGGUGGAAAAAGAAAAAGAAAAAAAAUCUAGAAUUUUUACUAGGGACCGUACUUCGUCAUCAAACAAGUACAAAAAAUCUCAAAUGCCAAAACCAGUGAAUGAUAAUGAACGUACAAAUACAGGUUCAGGUAGUGGAAAUUUGGGAGAAAAUGUUGGCUCCAUGGCUGAGCCUAGAAAAGUAUUGAUGGAGCAACUAUCUAAAGUUUUGCCACCAGAAGAUAAAAUGCCUGAAGUAUUAUGUUUAAUACAUUAUGCAGAUCCAUUGGGUGUUCAGCUUGGAUCCAAAUUGCAGAACUAUAAUUUCAAAGUCAUCACACCAGCUAGUCUUGCUGAUGUACGUGCUACAUUUGUGUGCAUUGUUAACAAGAUACAAAAAUACUGUAAUUCUAACCCUAAACCUCCAAGUCAAAUUAAAAUAUUGCUUGCUGGUUCUGAUAGCUUUGUGAAUUAUGUACUACGACAAUAUGUUGAACAGUUAUCCUUCAAGCCACCUGACUGGAUGAACUAUAUAAAAUUUUAUAUCAUACCAUUGGGAAUAAACACACUCUCAAGAUAUUUAGGUACUGUCGACAGUUAUUAUGGAACUACUUUUCUUUUUAAAGAAGAUUAUUGGAAGGAACAACUAGAAUGUGGUGAUGGAACUGAUAUAAUAGGCAAAAUUCAAAACUAUUUAAUGGAGGCCUCUAAUACAAUUCAAUUGCAAAUAGCUGAAGCAAUGCUCUCUUAUAAAGAAAAAAGUUCGGACGAUGAAGCUUUACAAACAUUCAUACCAUUUGUCAAUGAUGUAAGAAUUUGUUCUGGUGAAACAGCAUCAGGUUCAAAUGACACUGAUGAUCAGUCUUCCAUCAUUAUUGAUCGCAAAUCCAUCAUGGAUAAAACAACACCACCCAAUUCACCUAAUAUUGGUAUGCAGUAUUUACCAUUACCCACCAAACAAGCUAAUUGGGAGUUAUGUGAGCCAUUAGAAUUACAACUUGAUUAUUGGUUGGUGCCUAACGCUAACAAAGAAUUAACUACGAGAGGAAAUGAACCUAGCAAUAAGCGUAUGGAUACCAAGUUCACAUUAAAGACUGGUUUUAAAAGUUUACACAUCUCAAGACUGUUUUUGACUAAUGAAGAGCCACUAACAUUUUUUACUGUUAGCUACAUUAAAGAAAAAAAACAAAAAAUUAUGCGACUAGGAAAAAAGAAAGAAAAAGAAAAGGACUUGGAUCCCAAAAACCAAGUUAUUGAUAGUGUAUUAAGAUUAAUCUGUUCUCCAAAAACUCAACAUUAUCCACUCACUAUUACUAUUGAUGGGUAUGAAUGGAGUGGUGUCAAAUUUUUUCAACUGUCGUCCCAGUGGCAAACUCACAUCAAACAUUUUCCAGUAGCUGUGUACUCACUAGAUUAUCAACCAACAAGUCUACCGCAUUUAAAUCAUGGACUUUAAAUAUAUUUAACUUGAAAUACUGUUAUCUAAUAUGCGUU